AUGCACACGUUUGGGGGGGGAGGACCAGCGCAACAGACCCCAGCAGAGACGACCGCGGGUCCGCCAGAAGGCCCAGGACCGCCAGAAGGCGGGACGACCGGAUCAGCUACCGGUCAGAAAGAGCCGUUCACCUGGCCCCUCGGUGAUCAUCUUACCGAAGACCAGAAGACUCAGCUGAGAGAGCUGCUGGACGAGCACAUUGAUAUUUUUGCGUUCGACAUGAACGGCAUGGGCCAGAUUAGGAACGAGACGUUCCGAAUUCCGGUCACAGAUGACACUCCAAUUUUCCGGCGCCAGUAUCGGCUUGCCGAAGCGGAGAAAGAAAUCCUGAAGGAGCAGGUCGAGGAGCGACUUGCGGCCGGAUUCAUCCGACCGUCGAUGUCCCAGUGGGCGUCCCCCGUGACAAUGCCCCCGAAGAAAGACGAAUUCGGGAAUUGGACCGCGAAGCGUCCCUGCGGUGACUACCGCGCGCUGAACAAAAUCAGCGUGACGGAUCACUACCAGCUGCCGACCCCUGAGGAGAUCUUU